GUACUGUGAUUGUAGUUUAAUCUGAUCAGUCGCGGAGCCACGAGUACGCCGCUCGGCUUGUGCCCGCGCGCUGAAGUAUUUGUAGCCACAUGCUCGCCCUCCGGCUCGCAGAAGUCAGUCAGCGGUUGACUCAGCGGUGGCAGGCACUGAGGCAGGGGAUCCAGGAUUUCCACUUGUCAGAUACUCCAGCGCACCGACACCAAGUGCAUCCCCUGUGCUAAAAUGUCCAAGUUGGAACAGGUCCUCGUCCUCGACCCGCCCUCCGACCUCAAAUUUAAAGGUCCUUUCACAGAUGUAGUAACCACUAACCUCAAACUGAAGAACCCUUCUGACAGAAGAGUGUGCUUCAAGGUGAAGACAACAGCUCCACGGAGGUACUGUGUACGGCCAAACAGUGGGGUCAUUGAUCCUGGAGCAACUGUCAACAUCUCUGUUAUGCUACAACCUUUUGAAUAUGAUCCCAACGAGAAGAGUAAACACAAGUUCAUGGUGCAGACCAUUUUUGCCCCUCCAAACGUCUCAGACAUGGAUUCAUUGUGGAAAGAAUCUAAACCUGAUGAUCUCAUGGAUUCCAAGCUGAGAUGCGUCUUCGAGCUGCCUUCUGAAAAUGAUAAACUGGUGAACGCGGUGGAUUCAGUCCCGGUGAAGGCCGAGCCCACAGUGGAGGAUUCAGAGCUGAAGAAAAUGCAGGAGAAAUGCAGGAGGCUUCAAGCUGAGAUCAGCAAACUGAACGAGGAGAACCGACAAGUAAAGGACGACUGCGUUAGAAUGCGAAAAAUGCCCCCCCCAGACCACAUGACAUCAAACUCAACCGCCUUCUUGCCCUCCCUCCUCGUCGUCAUAGCAGCAAUUUUCAUCGGUUUUUUCUUAGGGAAGUUCAUCUUGUAGACCGGGACAUGCAUGUCGGGCGUACCCCCCUCUCUGCAGUUCAAGAUCACAAUGAAAAAAAGAAGAGCUGGAAACGCGAGAAGUCUUUCUGUUGACUUUGCCAUAUCAUUGGUAGUGUGGCCUCCAGUGAACACAUCUGUACAGCAUCAUUCGAAGGCUCCGCCUUUUUACAAUCACACACGGUUAGUGCGCACAGAGUAAAGACGGGUGACAGAAAUCAACCCCCUUCCUUUUUUUGUUUUUUUUCCUCCAGUUUUUGAUUGUAAUUUUGGGACAAACAGACGUACACUCGGGGAGGACUUGAAACGGUGAUGGAGAAGCAGUCUAAGAUCAGGGUUUCCUUUCUUCCUUUUUUCUUUCUGCUGUUUCUAGAGGAAUUGAAUGGAACUGUAGUCGUCUUUUAAAUGUUAUUUUAAAGGCUUUUAAACCGAGAAGGACAGCACUUCCAUUUCAGAAGCCCUUGCUCCCUGUUGCUGGAUCGCCUCUGAAGUCACUUUGUUUGUACUUUCUACUUCUUGUGUUGGAAUGUUCAGGUCCAGCUGAGGAUUUAGGUGCCUCCUUCUUGUAUAUUUGUCCUGUGCUUUUCCUCACACAGAUGCAGGCUUGUUAUUAUUAUUAUUAUUAUUAUUAAUAUUAUUAUUAUUACAAGACUUAUAUUCCUUUUGAGGCAAAUAUUGACUGAAAUGUUUCCAUUAAGGUGAAAUCCUGUCCCAUGGUAUUAAUCAUUAAUCAAAUAAAGGUGAACAUUGUGGUUUUCA